UUAAAAUUCAAGUUGACAAGAAAAAAAAUCGUGUGAUCGAGAAAAAUAUUAAAAAUCCUUUAAUAAUAGUAUAAUAAUGAAUUAAAUAACCGUAAUAUAUAGCUUUAAUUAAACAAUGUACAGUGUAGUAUUAAGAACUAGAUUACUUAAUGGAAUCAACAGAAAAACAGUUGUAUUUAAGAAUUUCCCACAGUCAACAACAUUACUUUAUUCAUCCGCCGCACCACAGAAAAAGAUUGACGAUGACAAGCUUAAUCAUGAGGACGUUUUAGUGACAAAAGUAGCGUCAAUACAUCCAAUACAAACUGACAUAGCAAAAAUUAUUCAGGACGAAGUGAAAUCACAGACAAGACAGGUGGCAACUCGAAAAGAACCAGAAUUAGCAUGGAGAAUCACACCUUCAACAGAUGCCAGCAAUCUUGUCAAACACUACUUGAUGCUGUCCAAAAUCCGAUUGACAUCACUGGUUGUAAUAACAUCGAUGGCUGGCUAUGCAAUGGCUCCUGCUCCUUUUGAUCUCAAUACCUUCCUUAUGUGCUCUGUAGGAACUGCAUUGUUAUCAGGUUCCGCAAAUUCCAUAAAUCAAUUUUUUGAGACGCCGUUUGAUGCACAAAUGUCACGAACGAAGAAUCGAGUACUUGUCAAAGGCUAUUUAACUCCAUUACAUGCUGUCGGAUUUGCUGCUGUUGCUGCAUCAACGGGUUUAUUGAUAUUAAGUCACGGUGUGAAUGAUUUAACUGCUGCAUUAGGAUUCACCAACUUAGUCCUUUAUACGUGCAUAUACACACCAAUGAAAAGAUACAGCAUACUUAAUACAUGGGUAGGAUCAAUAGUUGGCUCGAUUCCGCCUUUAAUGGGAUGGGCUGGAUGUUGUGGAACUCUUGGAAAUGGAGCUUUUGUUCUUGCUGGAUUACUUUAUGCAUGGCAAUUUCCACAUUUCAAUGCACUUUCUUGGAAUUUAAGGCCUGAUUAUUCACGUGCGGGAUAUAGAAUGAUGGCUGUCACAAAUCCAGCACUUUGUAGACGAGUAGCACUAAGAUACACAGGAGUGAUAGGAGCUCUUUCGCUUAGCGCACCGUUACUUGAUGUUACUAAUAUGUGGUUUGCACUAGAAACUCUACCUUUGAAUGCAUAUUUUGGAUAUUUAGCAUGGAGAUUUUACAAAGAGUCAGACAGUGGAAGUUCGAGAAAAUUAUUUAGAUUUUCACUGCUGCACUUACCGGUUCUAAUGGUAUUAUUCCUAAUAAACAAGAAGGAAUGGGUAUUUAAAAAGUCAAAAGAUGAAAUAAUUGUUGAGAAAGCAGUCACAGAUUCCAUUGGUCAACUAAAGCCUUUAACUGCUACACUGUUACCCAACACCCAAAAGCUAUAAAAGUUAAUAUUUAAUUAUUAUUCAAUUGAAUUGGCAAAAAAAUAAUAAAUUUUUUUGAAGUAAAUACUUAAC